ACGUCUCUUGCAGGUCGAGCUGGCUUGUGGUAAAAGGGUUGCAGCAAAAACAUUCUGGAAUGCACCCAAACAAGGCGUCGAAAAUGGCGUGUGGGAUGAACAGAAGUCGGAAGAGAAUGGGAGAAUAUUCCAGACUGUUGUUGUUAUUAACGGUGUCAGAAAUGGGAGAUUCGGAAAAUUAGACAGGAAGAUUUGAGAAAAUAGAGGGAACAGUAGCAAAGACAAUUAGAAAUAGAAGUAAUAAUAACGAGGACGCCCAAGACAGUAAGUAGACCGUAGUGAAAUUAAAGUUGGGUUGAAGAAAAAUGUGUCUAUAAUGAUACCAAAGAGACUAAUGCCAGUGUUAAAAAAGCUGAAUAUUCAACAGAGUGAUUAUUAUUUCAGUGGAGCAUGAAAAAUGUUGAAACCAGACCUGCAGUAUUGCAUUUUGUUAAUUUUUCCUUGAGGAAAGUAUGUUACACUAUUUUAAGAAGUUGUCAAAUUUUACUAUACUACGGUAUAUCCAUUUAGAAAUCUUAUUUGUUGCAUGUAAAAAAAUAUGCUUGCUUAAUACAGGCAUGCAAUUGUGAAUGCACUGCAGUAAAUACAGAUGUGGAUAUAGAAAAUAAUGAGACUGUUAAAAUCAAGUCAACAUGAACUUCUGUACAGUAGGUGGCGGUAUACUCCUUCAAUUACAGUUUCCCAGUAAAUUAAGGAACGAAAGAACCAGCAUGUUUUUUUUAAUUGACAGCAGUUUUAUGGGGGGGAAAAUACAAAACAACCCGAAGCUGCACCAAGUUAUAUAUAUUGGAUAGUUAAUAUAUUAAAAAGUGAUCACCUCUUUUAUAAAUACUCUCAUACAGCAGGGGGCGGUAUUACACUUUACCGGUGCCAUAAAACACCAGAGGAAGAGCAUAGACUUUUACCCUCCAAUCUGGAAGGUGGCGGUAAUGCGCCUGUAAGUUGUUUGCCAACCGCCAUAAAAAAGAAAAGAAGAAGAAGCUAGACUUUCAUAACCAACAUGGCGACCUGCAUUAUUCGACGCUUAUAUUCACUUUGCAGGAGUAGCAGUGUAAAUGCGAGUCCUCCGCUCGGUAACCUGAGCUGUAUUAGCUUCAAAUUAACCAACAGCACUUUGUCGAAACUUUAUUAUGGGACUAGAGGGUCAGACUCUUCGGAGGACGCGCACGUGCACAUUCCAGUAGAGCGUCUGACUGUGUCCUACAGCAAGAGCAGCGGCCCUGGAGGUCAGCACGUUAAUAAAGUCAGCACUAAAGCAGAGGUCCGAUUUCACGUGCAUACAGCCGACUGGAUCCCUGAAGACGUUCGACAGAAAAUUGUAGGAAAGAACAAAAACCGCAUCAAUAAGGCCGGGGAGCUCCUGGUGACCUCGGAGGUGAGCAGGAGUCAGCAGAGAAACCUCUUGGACUGUCUACAGAAGAUCUCCGCCAUCGUAGCUGAGGCUAGCGAGAGACCUCGCGAACCAUCAGACGAAGACGUAGUCGUAAGAGCAGCCAGGAUCGAGAAGAGGAACAAAGAGCGACUCAGACAGAAGAAAAUCCUUUCAUCAGUCAAGAACAGCCGACGGGUGGAUUUCGACUGACGAUGCAGUAUUGAGUGAUCGUU